AUGGCCAUCUACAGCCACUCCAGCUCCAGUGGGUCCAGACUCAUCCUCCUGGCUCUCCUUGGCCUGUGCGUGGCUCUCACAAGGACAGAAACAGUUGCUGAUCCUAAUCCCACACUACAAAGUGAUAACCAGGAUACACUGUCCGGAGGAGGUGCCUUAGAUGUCACCACGAAGGACCCCUUUCAGGAGCUGACAGAGAACACCUUCACCUUUGACUAUGAGGACAUGACACACCCAACAGCCACGGAGGAGGACGAAGGUGUGUUAGGGCCGGGUGCCAUCACCGCCAUCGUCAUCGCCGUGUUUCUGGGGGCGUCUGUGCUCCUGGCACUCAUCGUCAUCACACUCAGGAAGUUCACCGCCUCCUAG